CCAUUGAAGGUCGUAGGCCUAUUUGAGAAGGUGAAUUUUGUUACGUCAGCGAAAACGCUGUGAAGAUCUUUUGCAGUGUUGGAAGUCACGCGACAAGGUGGUAAACGUGAGCCUUUGGAUAAAGCCGUAGCGUUUCAAAUAGAUCUCAUACCCAAAACCUAAUGGCCAAUGAUGCAUUGGAAUCUGUGUCACCAAACAAUGAAUUUGAUAUACAUAUUAGACAAAAGGAUGAACAUUAUCGACUGGAGAGGACAUCUGGCUGUUUAGGUGGAUUGUUAUCAAGUGUUACUUGUCUUGAAAUCAGAGGACUGUUUACUCUUGCAUGGCCCACUGUGUUUUCUUAUUUUUUCUACCAUUUGAUCUCCAUGAUAACCCUGUUUUUUGCGGGACGUCUUGGAGAAGUUGAACUAGCAGCAGGGACAUUAGCUAUUUCAUUUGUCAAUGUCACGGGACCAUCUUUGUUCACUGGUUUGUCUUCAGCUUUGGAGACAUUAGGCUCGCAAGCUGUUGGAGCCAAGAACUAUCGCAUGGCAGGCAUCGCAUUUCAGAGAGGGAUUUGGAUAUUGGGUAUUGCAUGUAUAUUAACCUGGGCACUCUGGAUCAAUGCUGAACUGCUGUUGCUGAGGGUAGAACAGAAAAGAAAUGUUUCCCACCUAACACAGGAGUUUACCCUUACAUGCAUUCCUGCUUCAAUAGCUAUCUUCAUGUUCUUUCUAUUACAAAGAUAUCUUCAGACCCAGGGUGUUGUGAAACCAAUUCUUUAUGUUGGUGCUGUCUCCAAUGCUAUUCAGAUUGGUGUAAGUGCAUUGAUGGUAUAUGUCCUUAAAUGGGGUUUCAGUGGGAUUGCCAUCAGCUGGUCUUUUACCAAUGUGAUUCUAUUUUUGUCGACCUUUGUUUAUAUGAAGGUUAUGAAGUUGGAUGCAAAAACAUGGCCAGGCUGGACCAUAGAAAGUCUGUUAGACUGGGGACAGUUUAUCAAGCUUGCUGUGGCUGGAAUGGUGAUGAUUUGUAUUGAGUGGUGGAGUUUUGAAAUAGGAUCAUUUCUUGCAGGGUCGUAUGGUGAGUACCAACUGGCCACAUAUGGGGUAAUUUUCCAGUGGGCCGCAUUUCAUUUUAUGAUUCCUCUUGGAAUAAGCAUUGCCGCUGGUGUCCGUGUUGGAAAUGCUUUGGGUGCUGGCGACCCAGCUGCGGCAAAAAGGACGGCGAAAGUGGCCAUUGGACUUAUCGUCUGUAUAGAUCUUGUUGUGUUUGCUAUUUUCUUUGGACUGCAAGACAUGACUGGAAGAGUGUUUACUGAUAACAGCGAAGUGUUGUCAUUAUACACAAAGAAUAUUCGCUUCAUGUCUGCCUAUUUUCUCUUUGAUGGAGUCCAGGGUGUUUGCAGUGGUAUUGUCCGAGGAUCAGGCCGGCAGACGAUAGGAGUACUGAUAAAUUUUGUUGCUUAUUGCUGUAUUGGGCUUCCUUGUGGGAUAACGUUGAUGUUUUUAGUCUUCCAUGAAAUUACAGGUCUCUGGAUAGGCUUGGGGAUUGGGGUCGUAUCUCAGGCGUCUCUAUAUGUGAUUCUACUGUGGAAAACAGACUGGGAGAGGCAAGCACAGCUGGCGAAAGAACGAACAGCAAUCAAGGCAGCGUUGUACAAUGUAUCAGAGACUUGGAUAAAUGUAGAAGUUAGCAGAAGAGAAAGAGAUGCGAUGCUGUUCAGCUGGAUUUACAAGACCUCAUCCCUUCCAUUCUUAAGCCGAUAUCAUGCCGCAAACAAUCAUUUUGAACUCUUGACUAGUGACGAGAACAAACGGACAGAGUACAAUGGCGAACUUGAAUGUAACCAAGAAGAGAGUGCCUCAGGAACAGCGUGUGAUGCAAAUCAUCAUAUAAGACUAACAUCAUCAGAGAAAAAGUCUCUCAUUCUAAAACGUCUUAUUCCGUUGGGUAUUUCAUUGCUGAUAUUAGGUGCCGCCGUAUUUGUCCGGUUUUUUGUUCCUUUACCGCCUUCAUAUGAAACAGUGACCGUUGACAAUAAGACAGUUAGUGGUAACAUUACUGGUAAUUUCACCACUCAAGCACCCAUCCCAACUAAUUUACAUUAGGCGAUUAUUUAAUCUUUUUGAUGCCAGUCUUUCUUCUUCAGACAGCCUUGUCUUUUAUACUGAAGAGAAAUGUGCUGUACGGUUGAUAACGAAGAUAAUGCAAGACGAUUUUAUUUAUCUACGGAAUGUGUAUUGAAAAGUAUUUUCAUUAAAAAAUCUUAACGGAUUGCAGUACUAUUAUGAAAUUGCAGUAUUCACAACAAAUGAAGCAGAAGUUCUCUAAUUCACAUUAAGUGUUUUGUAUCAGAAAGUACUUCUCACUUGACAUAGGACAUGAAUGAAUAACUGACGAGAGAUUUUA